AUGACAAGAUUUAUUGGUUGUAUAGAUUUGCACAAUGGUGAAGUAAAACAAAUUGUGGGUGGGACUUUAAGCGAUAGUAAUAACAAUUCUAAUUUAAAGACUAACUUUGUCUCCUCAAAACCUUCGUCGUAUUAUGCAAAGUUGUAUAAAAAAUAUAAUGUCACAGGUGCUCACGUUAUAAAAUUAGGACCUAAUAAUGAUGAUGCUGCAAAGGAAGCGUUGUUGGCUGCACCACAUUUUUUACAAGUUGGUGGAGGUAUUAACGAUACCAAUUGUCUAUAUUGGUUGAAGAUGGCCUCUAAAGUCAUUAUAACAAGUUGGCUAUUCAAUAAAGACGGUGACUUUUUGCUUGACAGAUUGAUUAAGAUAAGUGAAUUAUGUGGUAAAGAUCGUCUUGUUGUCGAUUUAAGUUGCAAAAAGACUUCUGAUGGAAAGUGGAUAGUAGCAAUGAAUAAAUGGCAAACGUUAACUACACUAGAGUUAAACCAAGAUACAUUUAUUAGAUUAAGUAAGUACACCAAUGAAUUUUUAAUUCAUGCAGCCGAUGUGGAAGGUCUAUGCAAUGGUAUUGACGAACAGUUAGUCUGUAAAUUAGCUGAAUGGACUGAGGAACUAGGCGAUGAGAUUAAAAUUAUAUAUGCAGGUGGUGCUAAAAGCAUAGAUGAUUUGGCAUUAGUUGAUACAUUAAGCAAAGGUAAAGUAGAUUUAACAUAUGGUAGCUCUUUGGAUAUCUUUGGUGGAAGUUUGGUGAAAUUUGAAGAUUGUUGUGAGUGGAAUAAUCAUCACUAA